AUGGCCAUCAGGUGGUGCUUACAGAUUGUUUGGUGUUUACUGCUUAUUGGAGUUGUCAAGGCUAAUUCAAUCUCGACAACCCCUCAAACGACAUCUUCCACGGAUUCAUCUGUAAAAAUUAAACCCAAAGUGCGACGUUCUAAUUUUUACUUGUCAUCAAAUGGUGCGACAAUUCCCUCUUAUAAAUUAUUCGACACAAAUAUGAACAUACACGCGAUUAGAACCGCGCCUACGAUAACCUCUUUUAGUCACAGUUUUCCAAAAAGUGAGUUCACUAAAUCCCCGUUAAUAAAUUCGUUUACACCCUACGAAAUUAAUUCCUUGAAACUAAUUCCGGAAAAUUCUAAAAUAUCCGCGAAAGCUUACUACAAAAAUCCUAGUUUUUACACAAGUUCGAGUUUCCCGAAAUUGGGCCAACGUCCCUCAGCGAGUUCUGCUGGUCAAUAUGGAAAAAACUACCCCGAGAUAAAAUCUAUAUCAAUAUCACCCUCGUUCUCAGCUUCAGAGGUUACUUCCGGAGGUUUUAAGCCCAUCAGUCCUCCCCAGUACCAAAGUAACCCUCAGCCUGAACUUUCUGAAGUUCUGAGGGGUUACGAGGACUCUUAUCAAUCUUACGGUAAUCCCACAACGUCUUCCCUAGCAUCUUCCCUCGAAAACUUCCCAACGUACUCCGUUCAGCCGAUUCACCCGACAAUUAGAACUAAUUUACCUUUCGCGCCGACAACCGCUGUCUCAAAAAUAAGGAGCAGCGAUAAUUAUCAGCUGCUUUCUGCUCAACCCCAAUUACAUUUCACCGCGGCGAUUCCUCUUACCCAACAGCCUAUUUACCAUUCGCAGCCCUUUGGAAGAAUAAGGACCGAUGUUGAAGUGAUCACCAAGAGACCACAAAUUCCAUUUCCCGAAGAUAGUUCCGAAGAAGUAGAUUUUAAGUCCGUGGGAAUUCCCGUCUCUGAAGAAUCUUACGAACCGCUUCAAACAGUCAAGAAUGUUAAAAAUGAUAACCGAUACCAGUUACCUGACUCUUCUAUUUUUAAGUCAUACGACGAAGCCUUUGGAAAAUUAUACCACCCGUCAAAAGUUCCUGUUGUGCAUGGUACUCCGCGACCUCACACGCCAAAGUUGAUAGAAAAACCACCCCAGUACGGAGUCUCGAGCAGCGCUGAAGCUGAAAAGCAAGUUUACGAGCACUCUGACGAAUAUUCUUCGGUUUCGAACGAAAAUUAUCACCCGGGAGGCAAUUCCAAUCAGGGAAGCAACCAAAAGUACAGCCAAGAGGGGAGUGAUUUCGAAAUACCUCACUUUGAGAAUUUUGGCCGUGACUAUAAACAAGAUUUCGAGGAAUCUUAUCACCAGGAACUUCCCCGUGAGGAGUACAAACAAGUCAGAGAAGUUUCAAAGGUUGACGAAACAAAUUCGCGACCGAAGAUCAGUUCCAGCGGUCGAGAAACGAUCAGAUCGCGUCGCCCGAAUAAACCACGUAAGAGUUACGCCGUCGAUGAGUCUGCGGGUGUUGAAACGACUUACGAAAGGAUUGUUGCGAAAAAUCCCCAAGAGUCUUCGGAAAGGCAAGUUCCCGUGGAGAACUUUGGUUACAAAAUUCCGAAAAGUUCGCGGACGACUGGCUUCAAUAAUGAACAAACCACUGAACCGUCAAAGCCGACUUACUCCGCGAAAAAAUCCAGGAAUCAGAGCUCCAGGAACUCUGAAUUGAGGAAGCAAACCUCCCAUCAAUUUAACUCUCCGUACUCGAGCAGCCAGCCAAAAUCGCUUGAUCAAUCUCCGACUGUUGAAAACGUCUUAGUGCUGCCAUUUAUCUACAAAGAUAAUCUCAACAGCAAUUAUCAUCUGCUGAACGAUCCAUGCAAGAUUUUGGUGGCCAUCGUGGUUGUAGCAAGUGAGGAAUUAAAUUCCGAGUCAACGAAAAAAGAAAAGCGUGGAGUAGCUUUUCUAGGGUCCCCAGGUUUCGAUAUUGUUGGAGUUCUUCCAGCUUUUAACCAACCCUGGCUCCCAGCUGGCUUGGGUAACUCUUAUUGGCCUGGACAAUUUUCAUCGGACCUUGCUUUGAGCCAAAUUCAAUCUCAAGCCACUCACAAUGUCGCUCUCCAAGCUUUAAAAGACAACUACCCGGGCACACCAAGCAUCACCUACUCCCCGGAAGUAGUUAGAGCGAUCCACUCAGCUAAAGAAGCCAAUCACAACGUCCUGGUAGCUCAACAUCGCGUUGCCGAAGCGAAGCAAGCUGCCCUCAUCCAGCAAAAAAUCGCUCUAACCAAAGAAGCCGCCGCGAGAGAAGCAGCUGAGAGGUCAGAGGCGAUAGCAGCGCAAGCUCAGUAUGCAGCCCGGGCGAGUGCUCAGCAACUGGUGGGUCUCCAGCAAAGACUUGCCUCUUUGAAAGACUCAGUAGCUGCUGCUCAAAGGGUCGCCGCUGCUCGGGAAACUGCAGCCGCUGCAGCCAUUCAACGCAAUGCCGCUGAUACUGCUGCUGAACUUCGCAAACAGGAGGUUGAUAAACAAAUCACCCAGACUGAGAAAGAAGCCAAGCACUCUCACUAUCGUUCUUGUUUUCUUCCCCACAGCGUAUCGUCACACUCAUUUCAUUUAUCUAAAAGUUUAUACUCUGUAACUAUCGCUUUCAGACAACUAUCCAAAUAUAAAUAUAAAUGGUCAAUAAAUUCCAGGUGGGAAAAAACGGAUGAGUCUGAUAAAAUUAUAAUAGUUUUAUAUAUUAAAAUGGGAAAUGUUUUGUUCUUUACCAAUGUGCUUGCUUACGAAUUUAAUUCACCCUGGCAACCUUACGGUAAUAAUAUAAAAAGCAUCGAUUCAAAUAACCUGGAAGCGGAUGGACAAAAUUACAAUUUUAAUUACCAAAAUAAUUUUCCGGAGGAUAAUAAUCAGUUGAGACCGGGUAAUAAUCCCGGUGAUUAUAAUCAGAAUCAAAAUCAUCAGUCGGUGGUUAACGAACAUGUCGAAGUAACGAACCCACUUAUCAUUCCUGUUUUCAAACAUAUCGGAGUGCCGUAUCAACACCGCUUUGAGAUUCAGGUACCACACGCGAUGCCUGUCGGUGUUCCGCAGCCGUACCCGGUGCAUGUUCCAGUUCCCCAGGCAAUCGCUUAUCCCGUGAUAAAAACUAUCAUUGUUCCGGUUGAAAAAAAGGUUCCGUUUGAAGUGGAACGGAUCGUUCCGGUCCCUGUGGAGAAGCCGGUACCGAUCGCGAUCGAAAAGCCAAUUCCUGUUCCGGUAGAGCAGCCCUACCCGAUCCACAUUCCCAUCUACAAGAAUGUUUAUCAUCGAAAAGUCAUUAUAUAUCCGCGCGGACUCAGUCAAGUAACGGUCAGUGUUAAUGACCAGCGGCAAUUUUCACGUGGUGCUGCGAACGAUAAAAUUGUUAAAAACAUCAGUGAAAGGCAUUGUAGUAUAUUAAGACGCGAAUUUACAGAAGAUCUAUCAGUUUUAGAACAACAUUUCUUAGACAACCUUAUUUUGGGGCUGACAACUUGGACGUCAGCCUCUCCAAUGAAAAUUUUAUUCACCGAUUUGUACGGACGUCAAUUUGUGAUGCCACUGAUAUCGAUGCAUCAGCAACUAAAGAGGUCUGACGAGGCACCCGCUGAACAUGACACGGAAUUUGGACGAAGGACCGAGGGAGGCUUCCAACCCUCUGUUGGAAACUACGGGGACCAAAACCACGACUAUUCCUCAAACUUCCACAGUUUUGACCAACAUGAGGGCUUGAAUGAUGAACCGAGUCACGAAGAGUUUAAUUUCGAUCAUCAGGACAACGGGUAUCAAGAAGAACAUCAAGUGUCAGAACAUGUCGAAGUGUCGAAACCCGUCUCUGUACCAAUUUACAAACACAUUGGAGUACCGGUGCCUCAUGAAGUGAAGAUUCAUAUCCCGCAUCCAGUUAUUGUAAAUGUUCCCCAGCCGUAUCCAGUAGCCGUACCAGUGGGACAUCCAGUGCCGAUUCAAGUUAUAAAAACUGUCGCGAACCCUGUGGAAAAAAAGGUUCCUUUUGCAGUGGAAAAACACAUUCCAGUACCGAUUGAAAAACCCGUGCCAAUAACCGUCGAGAGACACAUUCCGGUGCCUGUUGAAAAACCCUACCCCAUUAAAAUUCCCGUCUACAAAACUAUCCACCACGUCGCCAAGUCUCAUCAUGGAUAA